AUGGAUAAAAUUUCUGCUUUUUCACAUCAAUUAAUGAUCGUCAUUGGUAUAAUGAUGUUUAUAUUUGGUUUAAUUGGAAAUAUUUUAAAUAUCUAUGUAUUUUCAACAUGGUCUCGUUUAAAAAGACGAUCAAAACGAAAACCUAAUAAUGUUCGAUCAAGUAAUAGUUCAUUAUAUUUACUUACAUCAUCUAUAUCGAAUUUAAUUAUUAUUAUUUAUCCAUUUUUAACACGAAUUAUAUUUGAUGGUUUUC